AUGUCUUCUGCUACUCACCUCCGAUUCUCUUAUUUCUGCAUCGCAACCCUCAGGUGCUCCAACAACACCGUUGACAUAUUCCUCACCAGCCAUUCCCACCUCGUUGCUGCUGCCUACCUCCACUGUGACAUCCCCUACCUCACCCUCUUCCGCUACAUCCCCGCCUUAUUCCAUUAUCCAUACCACUCAAAGCCAUCCUCAUGUUUCCAUUCACCCAUGACAACUAGAUUUCAUCAUGGGAGCUUCGCUGUUUCCCGAAACGAUACCGGCGAUCGCUUGUGUAACGAUCUGAAUAUUCAUCGCCAUCAAAAUCAAGCGUUUCAGCAGCAUCAGUUACGUAGACAUAAUCAUCACCACCAGCUUCAUGAAACAGCGGUGGCGGUGGCGGACGCCGACAAUCGAACUGAUUCCGACGAUUCUAAUGCUGCAUUGUCGACGCAUUCAUUGAUUUCCGAAUCGUCUUUGUCUUUCCCUUCAAGACCGCCAACUAACGUCAGUAACCUGGAUAGUUUUCUGGACUCCGUCACUCCAAUCGUUGCCGCCCAAAAAUCGUCGGAGAAGAAUGUAACAUAUUAUUGCCUUGGAGAUCUGUGGGAAAGUUUCAGAGAACCAAGUGCGUAUGGAGCUGGAGUUCCAUUGUUGUUGUUUGGUAGACACCCAACCACACAGUAUUAUGUUCCAUUUUUGUCUGGUAUUCAGCUCUACAUUGAUCCUCAGAAUCCCCAUAUCAACCUCAGGUGUCCAAGUGAAGAAAAUGAUAAUAAUCUGAUGAGGGCCAAAAGUGUGUGGAGAUCAUCAUCAUCAUCAUCAUCAUCAGCAUCAUCAUCAUCAUCGCAUGGAAGGCUUGUUUAUGAAUAUAUGGAACAAGAGCAGCCACAUUCUCGCAGGCCUUUAGCAGAUAAGAUUUGGAAUCUUGCAUCCGGAUUCCCAGGGCUGAUCAACUACAGGAGCUGCGAUCUAUCACCUUCAAGCUGGAUAUGUGUGACUUGGUAUCCAAUCUAUCGGAUACCUGUGGGCCCAACAUUGAAGGAUCUGGACGCAUCUUUUUUAACCUUUCAUUCCCUGUCAACAAAAACACAGCCUCAAGAGGAGGUUGAUUGGGUUCAUCUGCCAGUAAUUGGGCUGGCUUCCUACAAGCUAAAAGGUUCAGUUAUAAGUCCGCAUGCCCCACAGGAAUGUCACCAACAUAAUGCUCUUUUCCAAGCUGCUACCAACUGGCUUAACAAUUUGCAAGCUCUUGCUUUUCUCCCCGAUUAUCUGUUUUUCCUCAACCGAUACCAUUCACAAUGACCACAUUUCAAAUCUCUACCUAUAAUAUAAUACAAGUAAAUAAAUAACCAA